UCUAUUGUAAACCUCUCUUUUUUGUUUUUUCUUUCUCUCAGGUAAUGCCCAAGAAAAUGUCCAUGCUUAGAAGAGGCCAUUUAUGUAGUUGAUAGUUUCAGUUCCAGUCAACAAGCCAACUAAAUUGAUUAGUAUAAUUUUGCAUGGACUAAAUACACAUACGUAUGCAUAUGUAAAUGAGAGACGAAGAGGCAUGCAAAAUUUAGAAUUAAAUUAGAGAAAUUAGCAAUGCAACAAGCGCAACAGGUCCGUCCCAUAAGCACCUAUGACAAUUUAGGCGCCAAUGCUAGUACCAGUGUCCAGCAGCAGCAGCAGCAUCCAAUGAGCAACAUAAUCUUUAGUGCGGGAGAAAGUGCAAAACAACUAAAGGUGCAGCCACAGGCAUCAUUAUUUUCAUCAUCAUCAUCAUCGCCGAGCGAUAGUGAAACUUUGACCAGAGCAAUGACCGAAAACGAUAAUGAAGAUGAUGACGAUAAACAAGACCAAGAACUGGCAAAACUGCAACGGAAUGCCGAUUCCCAUGGUGGCAAUAACAACAACAGUCAGCACAGUAUUGCAGCGGUUAAGGCCGCUCUAAAUGAUGCGAAAUCCAAAUUUUUUGGUAUUAACAAUUAUGAAUCAGUGGCAAUAGCACCAACAACAAUGCAAAACCCUAAACCAGAGGAGCCAAAAUAUCAGAAUGUUCCACAACGUAAUAAUAAUGCAGUGAACCAGAUACAGAAACCGAACCAGAAUGAUCAUUCAAUGGAGUUCACUAACUAUUCACGUGACCCACAGCCGGGUUUAGCAAUCAGUCAAUCAGAUUUGUCAUCUACAACAACAGCAGCAGCAGCAGCAGCAGCACCACCACCACCUACAACAACAACAACACCUGCAGAAACAAAAACAUGGCGCUAUGCAACAACCUAUGAACAAAUUCCACUAAGUGAUCUUGAUGCUCCACAACCAUCACAGGCUGUCUAUAUGAGCACAACGGUACCACAAAAUAUGAAGGGUAUUAAAAUCGCUGGACGACAUACACCAACUCGUAAUAGCCUAAGACACAGUCGCAUGAUAGUGGUCAAUCACAAAAAUAAUGACACUCUACAGGAAGCUUACUCAACGCACAUCCGGAAUUUGAAUUUAUCACGGCAAUUGUUGAUCUUACAAUUAGCUGUGGCACUUUUAAUUGUUGGUCUUGCCAUUUGGAUACUGAUAUUGGCCCCCAAUGCAUCCAUAUUGAUCAAUCCGUAUUUAAGUGGUCUAUCGCUUCUUCUGGCAAGUAUUGCGGGUCUUAUACUACUGAGACGAGAUCAUAGACCCGAACAGAGGCCAACAAAUAAUUGCUAUAAAGUGCUUCUAGCUGAAUCGUAUGUAUUCUCGGCAUUGGCACUAAUCUUCUGCUGCCUGGCCUUGGUAUGUGCGGCCAUUGAGUUUGCUGCUCUGGCAUCAGCUGUUAAUGGAUCCUGCGGAUCGGCAACUAGUUCGCUAUUAAGCUAUCGCAACUGCACUUGUCUGCCCCAAGAGGGGCAGACAAUGGAUGAGGAGGCACCGUCGCAACUAGUUGAGACUACCACAACAAUUGCAAUUGCAACUGGACAGGAGCGUAGUCAUUCAAUAGAGAGCAGCGAGAAUUGUGGAGUAUUUCGUAAUGAAUGGAAAUAUUUAUUGGCUUUCUCGAUGGCAUUAAAUUCAUUGGGUAUAAUUGCAACAUUCUUAUAUAUUACAAUAUUCAUUUGUUGCCAUCGCAACAGAAAACAAUUCUAUACUUCUGUCUAAGAAUGUUUUUGGUAUCUACCGAGUUUUAAGUAUAUUACUUACAUUAUUAUCACCAAUCAACUAAUAUUAGUAGUUUCAAAUCACAAAGCAAAUCACAACAGAAUAUACAUACAAUAUAUGACAACAUAAAUAAAUUAUUGACUA